AUGGACUUUUUACAAAUUCCAGCCUCAUUUCAUACUCCAGAAGAUAAGAAGCCUAGUCCAAAAAUUAUAAAAGUCCGCAGGAGGCUUUUAACCCCUCAAAAUCAAGAAGCAACAGUAAGUCAAAAAACCUUUAAUGUUGCUCAUAAAGUAAGCAAACCUCAACCAUCUGAAACUCCCCUUCCUGGGUCAAUCGAAGAAGAUUUUUUAUUAGAAUCUUCAGACAAGCCAAUUCACUUUUUACGCAUAAAAAAUCCUAAAACAGGAAAAUUUGAAAUAAAUCCCCAUAUAUUCACCCCAGAAUCUGAAAAAAAAAUCCUCCGCAAUUUUUAAAAAAACUUAUAAAAAAAUAUAUUUUAAUAAUAAAAUGCAUUCAAAAAAUGUUUUAAUCCUCCCAUAACCCCGAGCAAUAAAGAAAUUUUAUCUAAAGCUAAAAAAUGUGUAACAGUUAUCAGUGCUGCUGAAGUGCUUCAAAAACCUGUGAAGACUUUAAGCUUCCAAAAUUUAUCAAGAAAACCAACAGUAAUUGUAAAUCCAGAGGUAAAAUAUAAGGAAAAAAUUCAGCAGAUUAAAGAAGGCAUGAAAAAAGAAGCAGAAGCAGAAGAAAGAUUGCUGAAAUCAUUAAAAACAGGCCAGAGAAUAACUGAGACAAUGCAAAAACAUUCUUUAGAAAAUUACUACUCAACAAGCCACUCUUGGCACAAAAUUUCUAAUUUUCUAUCACACAAGCUGAAAAAGGAGCCCCAAGAUUUAAGGCUGAACUCAGCCCCUAAUUUUAGACAGAAAAAAGAAGCAUGUGAGCUGCUAGAUAAAAUAGUUCCAUUGAAAGAUAAAUAUGGAGUUUUAGCUUGAAAUUUAACACUUAGACAGUGGCCAAAGUCAGACGUUCCUGGCGAAGUGUGAAUUCCUAUAGGAGGGCAAUUAAGUGGGCUAUACACCACGAUUAGACACAGAAGUAACACAAGUCAAGAGUUUAUUAGAACUGUAGGAUCACAUUGCAGUUCGAGAGGGAGCUUAAGAAAUUCUCAAUAUUUUAAGCAAAAGCUCGAAGAAAACCAAAGUAAAGACCAAAUUUUGCUUGACAAGGAAUUGGACGAUAUGAUGGUUCUAGGUGAAUCAAAAUUCCCUAUUGAAAAAUCAGCUGCAGAAAUGAUAGGGGUUAGAUUUUUAGCAACUGAUAUAGGGAACAAUGUGAUGCCUGAACAAACAAUUGAACUGAAUUAUGAAGUAAAAGUCAAAUAUUAG